GGCAACAUCGAGUAGUGGCGACGAUUCGGAAAAGUUCGUUUUGAUAUUGGUGGGCUUGAUUGGUUCCGGAAAGGUAUCAUAUCAGUCCCCCCAUUGCCGUCUUUGUUGCAAGUUGUGCUAGCCAGUAUUCUAGAGCACAUUUGCUCAAGCUCUGCAAGAUCAUUUCCCUCACAUUCGCCGAUGUAACCAAGAUGAUCUUGGUAGUCGGAAGAUGGUCGAGCAGCUCGCGCGGGGAUUCUCUUCGCCAGGGACUAUCCGUGUGCGUCGAUCGCACCAAUUUCAAUGAAGCGCAAAGAAAAUAUUGGAUCCAAAUAGCCCUGGAAUUCCCCGGAACUCUGAUCUGGGUUAUUGUUUUCGAUACCCCCUAUGAGGUCUGCGUCUCCCGGCUCAGAGAACGAAAAUUCCAUCCGACUAUUAAGACGCCCGAGCAAGCGCUCGAUGUGCUUGCACGCUUCGCGUCCGACUUCGUACCCCCCAAUGAGCCACGAAGGUUACCACCGUUGCCUGUAUUUUUCUCCGUCAGACCAUCCGUCACCCACCUACUCUGAAACUGACAUCAGCGCCAUUCUCCAAAAGGUUCGGAAUUCUGUGCCUGCAUCUCCCUCGGUUUCGGCACAAUCCCCUACCUUCAGUACCUUCAUUUCCAAAACUCCUCGAGGCUCGCGUCCCUUUCCUGCUUUUUCCAAUCGGAACCGGUCGCGGCGGUUAUAGGCGUUACAACUAUAACUUAAACCUGGCCCACUUUGGUAGUAAUAGUGGUCGUAGUCAGCGUGGAUCGUCAAACGGGGACUACGUAGACGCUGAGACGGCAGCACAGGACCGUGAAGUCAUCAGGGAUCUGCACAGUCAAUCCAAUGUCACUGAACCUGCAGGGCCUCUGACCUAGAAGACCGUAACCAUGAGGUCCCUUCGGCUAUGGAGGGCUCUUCUAAUUGGAC